CAUCGUUUGAGACCCCAAGAUGUGUCGAAAACGCCCUAAAACUUCAAACCAGGGAUACAUACUUAAUAUAUUUUGGUGUUAACCCUAGAAGGAACGUCCGACUAUUUCGCAUUUCAUUAUUUUUCCAAARAAACGCGUCAAUUUACCAAGUUUCGUUAUAAGCUUAUUCCUGUUUGUGKGAUGGGAUGCAGUGUGGACAGCUUGUUUUGACAGGUUUGGAAGUUAAAGCAUAGAAUCAUAGCCAUGUCUUGGAGCGCAUUUGAUGAAUUUAAGACUUUUGCAUCAAAGAUAAAAGACCAAUGCAAAAGAAAGAAAGACUGGAAUAGGCCUCCAUUGAACAAACGAAAAUCAUUGGACAGGAGUUCAGUAGAAGAAGAAAGUGGAAUUGAUAGAUUCUCCUCUGAUGAAGAGCAUGAAGAAAGAUUUGCUCAAAGACCAACUCAUUCAGGAAAGCAUAAGCUUGAAAGCCCAUCAAAAAGAAGAUCUCCAAGGUCUCGCAACCCUAGAAAAAGGAUUCGUACAGAUAAUGAACUUGGCAACUUGAUAGAUGAUUCUGAGGGAACCCCUGAAGAUAACUUGAACAGUAUCAAACCAAACAACAUUGGGACUGCUGUUACAAGUACAUCCAAAUACAAUGCAAGUGCUUCAGAUGAGGCAAAUCUGUUGAUGGAAACACUGGAUGUGAUGAUCAAAGAUUUCAAUUCUUCUGAUGAGGAAGAGAAGCAGGAAGAUGAAGAGCCUAACAUUGAAACCCCUACCCCCACCCCCACACCAAGCUCAAACUCAACCCCUCCCCCUAGUGUCAAACAAUCAAGAACGACUGAAACAUCUAUAACAGGUAGUGAAUGGUUAAAGAGAGUCCAAUCCAUUGCAUCUAAAACAGAGGAAGCUUCUGAUGUUGUAAAGACUGAUGUAGACUCUGCCAAGAAAACAAAACAAAAAUUCAAAAGAUCAGGAUUGGCAGAGCAACUGCAAAARGUUAUCAACAGAGAAAAGUCAGAGAAAACAUUUUGGACACACAAACAGACAACUGGAAGCCAGGACACAGGCUCUACACUGGACGUCCAAAUACUAUCUGUACAAGUCCAGUACUCAUUGUGCUUUACCAGGUGUUGUGUGUUAUCAAGCAAAGAUGGUAACAACAAACCUGACGUGGUUGAUGUGGUAUUUAAUGCUGAGACUAGCAAACAUAUUUUACCACGUGUUGGUAGUGCUGUCAGAAUACAUCCUCCAUGGCAGAAACUUCACCCUCCAUUGUCACCAUAUCCUGUUCUUUUAUGCACAUAUUACUGCGAGAAACUCUCAACACCACCGGGAUCUCCAUUAAUUGAUCUAGCAUCACUUACAGAUGUUUGUAUGAUUCCUAAUCAACCUGGUGAAGGAUCCUCUCACCUAAUGCAGUCACCUCAGAAGGGUUUUAAACCAACSAAGCUUCUAUUUGAGUCAGACACAGUCAGCAAAUCRRCAGUUCCARACAAUUCCAGCAAAGAUAAAGUAURUUUACCAUCAAUAKCAARAGCAAUAGAGACCCAAGGGGGRUGUAGUGGKGAAAGUGUGUCAUUCCAGGCUGUAAUACAAAGGAUAUACAGAAGAAGRGUCAAGAUACCAAGAGACAAAACAAUAGAGAGCCCWGGUCACCUGGCUUUGUCCAAGUCUUUGAUUACAAGAGCAMGRAAYGGWGAAGACAAGGAAGAAACAAGRUGGACYUUCCUGGUGCAAGAUUCAACCUUCAACUUGUGUGAAGUUCAAAUUUCUGAAGAGUUUGCACAAAAAGAUGAAUGGUCACCAGGUUUAUUUAGUGUUGUGGAUUCCCUGUGGUGUGCAGAAUCAACCAAUCACARUCAAGAUGACAAAAGCAGCCAAAUUCACUUCUCUCAGGACGCAUCCAGUCAGUUUUCAUUGCCUCUCUCCUCUGCACCCAGUCAUUGCUACAUGCUGACAGUACAAGAGGACAGUCAUGUGACACCAUGCGAUGGAAACGAUGUGACAAAUCUGAGUUCCCUUUACAAAUCUCCAAAUCCAGUGUCAUUACAAGAUAUGUGUUUGCACCAUCACACCCCUAAAAGGUUUACYGUCUGGUGUAGAGUGAUCUGUUCUCGCUCCAGCUCAUCUAGCAGAAUCAUAGCUCCACUGUCAGGCUUUCAGAGCUGGACUGGGCAGUUGUUUGUAACUGAUGCCUCACUUCACUGUGGUGCAGCUCAAUCGACACAGGAAACUCAAACGAAUGAGAGGAUCUCCCAAUAUUUGAAGAUUGACAUUAGACCAUCGUUUGUCAUGUCUGAGGAAAUUAAAAAAGCUGUUUUGGAAGCUGGUAGUGUGUUGUACUUUCAGGAUAUUGUGUACAGUGGAAUAGGGCGAUGUCAAAGUGUUGCCUUUAUCUAUUUACUCGGAUUUGUUCGCUUUAAGAACCCGUGA